CUUCCAGCAACAUGGACAUGGCUAAAAGCACCAAGAAGGCUGGAAUUAUUGGGAAAUACGGGAACCGCUAUGGUGCCUCCCCGUGGAAGAUGGUGAAGAAGAUUGAAAUCAGCCAGCAUGCCAAGUACACUUGUUCCUUCUGUGGCAAGACCAAGAUGAAGAGACGAGCCGUUGGCAUCUGGCACUGUGGAUCCUGCAUGAAAACAGUGGCUGGUGGGGCCUGGAACUACAAUACCACUUCUGCUGUCACAGUAAAAUCUGACAUCAGAAGACACAAGGAACUAGAAAGAGAGUAG